UCGCCUGCCUUACAACCUGCAUAUAUAAGACGAAGGACCUCACCAUCAACUCGAGUGCCAUCAUCCGCAGCAGCAUUUCCAGUCGUCUCAUUCGUUUACGAUAUCCAUCUAGUAAAACCGUCAAGUUGUGGUUGGGUGAUUCAGGCUUUUCAACAAUCUUCGGCUUGAGCAUGAACAAAGCUUCUCCGGCCCACCUAAACAAGUUUGAUCGUUGGUCGGAAUACCCUUGAAUCAAAUCAUAUACAGCGCUCACUACGACGCAAAUCACAAUGGGACACAACAAGAGCUUCUCACAGAACGACGGUUUCGAGUUCGACGAGGCGUGUUUCAGGAAGUUCUACAGGCCAUUGUCCAACUUGCCUACCCCUCCGCCGUCGUCCCGAACCUCUUCAGCAACUCAAAGUCCCCGCAUCCCGGCGCACGACACGACAGGCCGCAACGAUGAAUUGCUAGCCUCAGCUGUACAUCUUACCCGGAUGCUGCCUUCGGGCCUCUCAUUGGAGGAGCCGUCGGUGGCUGUCGUACAGGACAUGCUCAGCCGUGCCAAUCUCCCGAUGGAUACUAUCGCCCUUGCAGUAUGCAUAUUAGACGCCCUGCCGACAAGGUACCGCAACAGGUGGCGGAUGGUAUACCCCAGAACACGUCAGACACCCGCGGCAUUGAAGCGGCACACCCUGCCUUCCGGCCCCAUUGAGUCGCCAAACGAUGCCGUCUUUCCCGAGGUCACUAUUUUAUGCGCAAUCAUGAUUGCUACGAAAUUCACCGAAGACGCCCACGAUCCUACACAAUAUUUCUGCUCCGAAUGGGGUCGCGACAUUUGGUCCUGCGAACAGAUCAAUGCCACAGAGCGAUGCGUUAUGGAGGUCCUUGAUUACCGCAUCAUGCCAUUGACGGCUGACGAGUAUAUUAAGGAGGCCCGGCACGACAUUGAGUACACCCGACGAGAACUUCUCGACGAGACCAGUGACGCUGCGUUUGAAGCGAAAGAACAUGGCAUAUACGAUACAAGACCCAUGAGUUCCGGUGAAGCUGUUACGGGUUUGGGCCUCCAGCUUACUCCCGCCGAAACGCCCGUGUCCGAGUUGUCUUGUCCAUUUGGUCAGAACCGUCUCCUUGCUCGCGAAACGAAAGAGGCAUUCGGCAGUCCUCGGGCGCUUCCAGAGAACUAUCUGCACCUGCCCUGAACACUGUUGAGGGUGCUUCGUUGGAUGGCAAGAUCACCUCAUCAUCACGUCUUUUCUGCAUAGCGUAGGGUUGCAUCGUCGGAGACACGGCUUUGCUGCAUUU